AUGGACGCGGAAGACGAGACCGCGGUCGCGAACGACGAUGCCGUGCAAGUCCACGGCACCGCGCUCGAGACGCGAGGGGAGGUGACGGACACCGCGUACGACACCUCCGGGACGAGGAUGGCGACGUGCACGUCCACCGGGGCGAUCCACGUCUUCGACCGCGAGGGCGGCGAGGACGGAUCCCCCGGAGUGUGGCGCCAGAGCGCGGGAUGGCUCGCGCACGACAGAGGCGCGUCCGCGACGUCGAUAACCUUCGCGGGCGCCGAGUUCGGCCGCUGCGUCGCGUCCGCGGCCAGCGACGGCACCGUCUGCGUCUGGCGCGAGGUCCUUCGCGCCCCCGGCGCGGACGCCGCCGCCGCCGCGCUCGCCGCCGCGGAGGACGGCGCCGCGCCGUGGGAACGUUGCGGCUUUCUCCGCGCCAACGCGUCCGCGGUGACCGCGAUCGCGUUCGCCCCCGCGGCGUUCGGGCUCCAGGUCGCGUGCGGCGGCGACGACGGCGUCGUGAGGUUCUACUCCCCCGCGGACACGCUCGCGCUCGCGGGGUGGGAGCUGUGCAACGAGCACGAGGCGUUGACCCCGGGCGCGCGCGUCACCGCUUUGGCGUGGUGCCGGCCCGCCGGCGCGGACGGCGGCGGCGGGGAUCGAACCGGCGGCGCGCCGAUGCUCGCGGUCGCGCUGUCCUGGCCGGGCUCGGGGACGAACGACGCGAGGGUGCUGACGUACGACGACGCGAACAUGCGGUGGCGGAUAACGUCGACGCUCUACGCCGGCGGCGCGACGGUGAGCGCGUUGGCGUGGGCGCCGCGGACGAACGUCGCGGACGCCGCGGAGACGAUCGCGGCCGCGCUCGGGCGCGACGCCGGGGUGUUCCGCGUGCACGGCGGCGACGGCGCGGGAGGAGGGGGCGACGCGAGCGCGCGGGCUGCUCCGCCCGGCGGGGGCGUCGGCGAGGGCGGCGACCGGAGGAGCGAGCUCGCGGCGUCGCUGUCGCAUCCGGCGGCGGUGGCGUCGAUGGACUGGAACGCGGUGGGGAACACGCUCGCGACGAGCGCGAUGGACGGGGUCGUGCGGAUGUGGGCGGCGAACGCGCAGACGGGGGCGUGGGAGGCGCGCGCGCAGCUCGUCGGCGAAUGA